AUGAAGCAGUAUGCAAUUCAUUUCGGCUUCCGCGAACCAUAUCAAUGCCUUCUGGACGCCGACAUGAUCAGGGACGCAUCGCGAUUCGUAAUGGAUCUCGUUCCGGCACUAGAACGGACCCUCCACGGACAGGUAAAGCCGAUGGUCACGCAAUGCACGAUGCGGCAUCUCUACGCACGCAAUAAAGAGCCGGGGAUGGACAAGGUCAUAGAUCACGCCAAGACGUUUGAGAGAAGACGGUGCGGCCACCACCCGGAUCAGUUUCCCGAGCCCCAGAGCACAAUGGACUGCCUGCGGUCGGUAGUUGGUACGGAGUCGAACAAGCACAGAUACGUUGUAGCAACACAGGAUCACGAUGUGCGCAGAAUGUUUCGACAGGUUCCCGGUGUUCCCCUCAUUUACAUCGAGCGAAGCAUUAUGCUCCUAGAGCCAAUGGCUGGGGCCACAUCAAGGGUAGCGGCGAAGGAGGAAAGGGAGAAGUUCCGUGGUGGUAUCACCAAGGUCGGAGCCGGCGUGAAACGGAAACGAGAAGAGGAGGAGGAAAACCAGAGCAGUGCAGAUGACGAUAACGAAGGAGACCGAACAACUACAGAGCCAGAAAAGAAGAAAAAGAAGAAGCGAAGCGGACCGAAGCAGCCCAAUCCACUUGCUGUGAAGAAAGCCAAGAAGAAGCCGGCCGAGAGUCAAACAGGUCAGAAACCAAAGAAAGCAGAGAUACCAGCCGAGACACAAUCAUCAGAUGCGCCGGCGAAAAGGAAGAGGAAACGCAAACAUAAGUCCCAUGAAACAGGGGAUACCCAAGCUGAAGCUCAGCAGGAGGCUGUUUCAGCUGUUUGA